AUGCGGGCGCUCGGCCCGCUGCCGGCGCUGCCGGCGCUCAGCGGCGCGGACGCGGCGCUGCGUGCGGCGCGGGCGGGGGUCACGCUUGCGGAGGAGGUUUCCAUGUUUGCGGCGCGCGCGGCCGGCAUGCCGCCGGCCAGCCGCCGACGCGCGCUCGCGGCGCUCGAGCGCGGCCUCGACGCUGACAAGGACGCGCUGCUCGCGCCGCCGGCCCCGCGGCCGCCCGGCGACGCGGGGGCGGCGCCCGACGGCGCGUGCGAGCAGCGGGUCUCGGGGCGGCUGCUGCCGGGGGUGUGCGCGGCCGCGUGGCGGCUGGCGCACCUGGGGGCGCGUCUGGACGACCCAGGGCUGUCUGGCCUGGCCGCGCGCCUGCUGGCGGCCGCGGGGCCGCUGCCGCCCGACGUCAUCAGCUUCUCGGCAGCUGCGGCCGCCGGCGGGGGCGGCGAUGACGUCAUCUACAUGUCAUCGACCGGCGACGACGAGGCCGGGCUGGCCCAGCCCGCGUCGGCGGGCGGCUCCGCGCCAAAGCAGCGCAGCCGGUCCACAGGUCCUGGCCCUGCUUCGACUGCAGCCGUUGAUGGCGCCGGCGGCGGAGCGGCCGCGAUAUUGACGGCCAGCGGCGCGGCGUCAGUGACCGGGGACCCCCGCCGUGACGCGAUGCUCUUCGGGGUGCUGGAGCUGCUGGGCAGCUUCCUGGCCGGCCCCGACCCAGAAGUCAUAGGGACGGUCCAGUCCGCCACGCGCGCGCUGUUGGCGACGCCCGAGGGCGGCGCCGCGCUGCGGCCGCUGCAGGACGCCCUCAACCGCGCGUGGGAGGCGGCCGGGUGGGACGAUGCUGCGGCGGCUGCACGAGCUAUGGUGCCCUGCUACCUGUCAUCCCUUGCCGGCGGCGCCGGCAGCGCCGGUGGGGAUGCUGAGGCUGAAAAUGAGGAGGAGCAGCAGGGCGAGGUCGGCGGCGGCGGUCCGCAGGAGCAGCAGGGGGUUGAGUUGUCGGAGCCGUCCCUUUGGAAUCCCGCCGGGCCGGCGCCCCACGGCGCGUGGCUCUGCCGCCUAUCGUCCGCGCUGCUGUCGGCGUGCGCGCGAGACCCGCUGCUCCGGCUGCUCGCGCCCGCCGCGGCGGCGCUGCCCGCAGUGGCGGCGGCGCUGCUGCCGCACGCGCUGCGCGAGGUGGUGGGCGCGGGCGCGGGCCGCUACUCGGACGAGCGGCCGGUCGGCUUACCGCCCUGGCAGGCGCGGGCCGAGCUCGGCGCGGCGAUGGAGGCGGCACUCCUGGAGGGGGCCGCCGCGGCCGCCGGCGCCGCAGCACCUCCCCCUGCAGGGUCCGACGUGGGCCGCUCGUCGGGGUCUGUCGACCAGGCGAAGGGACGCUCGAUGACGUCCUCGCUGCAGGCCAGCCUGUCCCGAGGUCCCAGCCUCGGGGCCGCCGGGGGCGGCCCGGCGCGCGGCGGGCCGUCGGGUGCAGCCGCGGGCACGGGCGCGGACGACGCGCGGCAGGGGCUGCGGGUGCUGCUGCGGGCGCUCGAGUUUUUGAGGGGCAUCCAUCGGGAUUCGAAGCUGACAGCCAAGGGCCGCCCGCCCGCCGACCGGCUGCACCCCUACUACUGGGACACGGUGUACGCACUGAACACCGAUUACGCCGCCGUCGCGCGCGCUGCGGACGCGUGCGGCGCCCACUUCAUGGCGCUCGUGUAUGUGGAGCGCUGGUGCGAGCUGCGGCACGGCGGCGUCGCGCUGCCGCGCGCAGGCGCCAAGGAUGCACUAGGCAGCGGGGCGGGGGCGGCAGCGACGCCCGCGCUGCCGUCGAUGCUGGCAGAACUGCUGCCGGGCGGGACGCAGGCGCAGCUGCAGGCCCCGCAGCAGCAGCAGCAGCAGCAGCGCGGGCGCCGCAAUGCGCAGCACUUGGCCACCCCUCAGCCGCCCCGCACAAGCCGGCCGGCGUCGGCGGGCGCCGCCUCGGACCCGGGCGGCGCCGUCGGCGCCUCUGACGAGGAUUCGCGGCUGUCCGAGAUUGAGGCGCUGCUGCUUGAUCUGUACGAGAGGAUCAACGACCCUGAUGGCGUUUAUGCGAUUGCCGCGAUCCUGGGCAGCGCCUCGGGCCGCCUGCGGCUGCAGCAGUGCGAGGGCCGCUGGCCCGAGGUGCUGGCCGCCGCGGACGAGCGCCUGCAGCACCCUGCUGCGGCGCCAGCAGGGGCGGGGCUCGGGGGCACAGCUGUUGACCUAUUGAGGGCUCUGACACGCAUGGGCUGCCGCCACACGGCGCAGAGGUACCUCCAAUCCAGUCUGGCCAACACUGGCGGCAGCAGUGGCGCGUGUGCUGCGGAUUCGGCGACGCGCGAGGCGCAGGCUGAGCUUGCGUGGCGGCUAGGCGAGUGGGACACUGCAGGACAGGGGACAGCUGGCGCGCUCGCGGCGCCGGCGGCACAAGCGGCAGUGGCAGGCACACGCGGCGAGGGCGCGGCGGUCGGGAACGGCGGCGGCGCCGGCGGGUUCCACGCCGGUAUCUUCCGGUCGCUACAGCUGCUGCGCGCAGGGGACGGGGAGGCGUUUGGGGCGGCGCUCGCAGAGGCGCGGCACGCGGCCGUCGGCGCGCUGGCUACCAGCGGGGACGAGAGCGCAGUCACGGUCAACCAUGCCCUGGUGCGGCUACAGAUGCUGGAGCUGCUGCGCCGCGCCUGGCGCAUCAAGUGGGCCAAGUGCGCCAGCGACGCCGCUGCGUCGCCCUCCGCCGGCCUCGCAGGUGGCGCCGGCGCCGCGGCCGCGGCCGCCUCCUGCGCCACGCCGCAGCUGCUGCGGCGCCUGCUGGGCCCGCUCGGCGGCGCAGCUUCGUCGGCGGAGGGCGUCGCGGCUGGCUCGGGCGCGCUGCGGCUGCGCCCUGGAGAUUACCACCAAGCAGACCAGCUGCUGGCGCUGCAGGCCUGUGUGGCGCAAAUCCUGGGCAGGCCCGACGUGCUGGUGGUGACGCUCCAGGCCGCCGCCGGCGCCGCCCGCAAGUGCGGCCACCUCGCCGCCGCGGACGCGGCCCUCACGCGCGUCCGCCACCUCAUCCGCAACCACGCUGCCGCUGACGCCGACGCCGGAGCCACUGCGGGCCCGUUCGCCGCGAUGGCCGGCGGGGCCGCGGGCGCGGGCGCGGGCGCGUGGUGGAGGCCGAUGCUGCGGCCGCAGUCUGCGUGGCUGCUUGAGGCUGUCAAGCUGAUGUGGGACCGCGGGCAGGCGGCCGGCGCCCUCCGCGAGCUGCAUUCCCUGAUAGCAGCUGUCGAGGCUGCGGACGGCCCACCCCAGCAGCAGCAGCAGCAGCAGCAGCAGCAGCAGCAGCAGCAGGGCGAGCCGCCGCGUCACCAGCAGCUGGCGCGUAUGCUGUCCCUGGCCGGCAAGUGGUCGGCCGCGACGCAGCAUGGCGGCGGCAAGACGGCGACCGUGAUGGAGCUGAUGGCCCGCGGCGCUGACGCGCUGCGGGACGGCGGGGGCGGGGAGGGAGAGCUGGCGGCGCGCGUGUUCUUCAGGCUGGCCGCGUUCGCGGACGAGCGGUACAAGCAGACGCAGCAGCAGAUGUCGUCGCCGGAGUGGCGCACCCAGCAGAUGGUCAUCGCGGCAAAGCGGCGGCAGGUGGAGGUCUGGAACUCGCGCCUCAACGGCCCGGGGCUGAACGAGGUCACGCGGCGGCACUGCCUGAUCAGCAUCAACGCGCUGCAGCGCGUGAUCGGUGCCGACGAGGCAGCUACCCAGCAGCUUCAGGACCUCGCGCAAAGGACCCUGCACAUCGCCCUCCAGAACUACGGCCGCGCCCUUCAGGCCGGCGGCAGCCACGACCUGGCGGCCGUGUACCGGCUGUGCCAGCUGUGGCUGGCGCUGAGUGAGGAGCCCCACGUCAACCGGCGCGUGAAAGAGGUGGUGGAGGCCGUCCCCUCCGCCAAAUUUGUGCCCCUGGUGUACCAGAUCGCGAGCCGCAUGAGCGCCAAGUCUGCGGCAGGCCAGCAGGGCUCAAACCAGAAGGCCUUCCAGCAGGUGCUGUGCCGCGCCCUGGAGCGUAUGGCCCUGGACCACCCCUACCACACACUCUACUCCCUCAUCGCCCUGCGCAACGGCAACCUCGGCCGCAACGGCCAGCCCGUGCCCACCGGCGCCGCGGCGGGGGCGCAGGUGCUGGCGCGGCAGGAGUUUGAUAUGGACAAGGUGCAAGCCGCGUCCGCGCUCCUGGCCCGCCUGGCCAAGAACCCCCAGCGCGCAGAGCUGCUCAAGCAGGUUGAGGCGAUGGUGGCCGGCUUUGUGGAGCUGGCGGCGAUGCAGCUGCAGCCCAAGGGCAGCACCACGCCCCCGCCAGACGGCUGGGCCUUCCCCGCUGCCAUCAAGCGGCGGCUGCAGAGCCUCACCCUGGUGCCCGUCCCCACUGCGCCGCUGCCCCUGGACCCAAGCGGCGCAUACGCUCACGUCCCGACGCUGACAGAGUUUGGGCCGCGCGUGGGCCAUGCAGGCGGCAUCAAUGCCCCCAAGGUCCUGCAGGCCACCGACUCUGAUGGGGCGUCCCACCGCAUGCUGGUCAAGAGCGGCAACGACGACAUGCGGCAGGACGCCGUGAUGCAGCAGUUCUUUGGCCUGGUCAACACGCUACUGGCAGGGACGCCCGACGCAGCGGCGCGGCGCCUGGGCAUGGGCACGUACCGUGUCGUGCCCAUCAGCCCCGCAGCAGGCCUGGUGCAGUGGGUGGAGAACACUGUGCCGAUGGCCGACUACCUGGCGGGGCGCAACAGGCAGAGCGGCGCACAUGCACGCUACCGCUCAAGGGGCGGCUGGUCCUGGUUCGACUGCUACAACAAGAUGAGCAAGGCGCCCGCCGAGCAGCUGCUGCCCUCCUUCCUCGAGUGCCUGUCCCGCUUCCCGCCCGUCUUCCACAACUUCUUCCUGGAGGCGUUCCGCGCGCCGGCGGCCUGGUUCGAGGCGCGCACGCGAUACACGCGGUCCAUCGCGGUCAGCUCCAUGGCGGGUUUCGUCAUCGGGCUGGGGGACCGCCACCUGGGCAACAUGCUGCUGGACAAGAGCAGCGCCGCGGUGCUGCAGAUCGACCUGGGGGUGGCCUUCGAGCAGGGCAUGUUCCUCAACACGCCAGAGACGGUGCCCUUCCGGCUGACGAGAGACGUAGUGGACGGCAUGGGCGCGUUUGGUGUGGAGGGGCCCAUGCGGCGCUGCUGCGAGGAGACGCUGCGGGUCCUGCGGCGCAACAAGGAGGCGCUGCUGACUGUUGUGGAGGUGGUCCUGCACGACCCACUCUACAGGUGGCAGAUGAACCCUGUAAAGGCGCAGCGGCGCCAGCAGGACCUGGGCGCAGGGGACGGCGCAACGGAUGGCGGCAGCGGCGACGCCGACGGGGCCGGCACCGGCGGCGGCAACGGCGGCGACGGCUCCGCCCAGGCGCUGGGCAACGCGGACGCGGCGCGCACCGUGCUGCGGGUGAAGCAGAAGCUGGAGGGCGUGGCUGGAGGGGAGGGGGAGCCGCUGGGGGUGGCGGCGCAGGUGGACGCGCUCCUGGCAGAGGCCCAGGACCCGGAGCAGCUCUGCCGCAUGUUUGUGGGCUGGAGCGCAUGGAUGUGA